AUGAACCUCCUCCCCCUCCUCCUCACCCUCACCACCUUCCUCCUCCCCCUCACAGCAGCCUUCACCUCGACCUUCCAAAACUGCCAAAACCUCAACCGCCUAAACCAAACCGUCCACCGCGUCCACCCUCUCCUGGAAAAAUUCUCCUCUGUGCACGCCUCCCAAUCCCAAACAGCCGUCACCACAACCACCACCACCCUCGCCAACGGAACCACCAUCACCGUCACAAACACUACCUCCUCCGCUGCAGUCGAGAGGAUCGAAAGCGUUAGGGCUCUCCUUCUCUCCUCACAGGAGAAGAUCUACGGCCGGUUGAGUAAUUGCUCGAGUGAUGCGGUGGUAGCGCCCCGGAAUGUGCUGGUGAAGGGCAGCGGGAAGAGAGACGAUGAUGAUGAUGAUGAUGGCUCUUGCACGUUAACUGAUGUUUUGGAUCAGUUGGUGGAUACGUUGGAGUGUGUGCUGAGCUUUGCGACGGGCUUGUUGGAGACGAUUCUUGAUGGGGUUUUUGAUUUGUUGAAGGAUGUUAUUGAGGGGGUGGAGAAGUUGUUGUAGUGUUUUUGUGUUCUCG